UAUUUCUAGAUGUUUCGAUUUUGAGUUAAGUGGGAAAGUUGAAGGGUCUCUUUAGCUAUUUCUCACUUAACCCAAAUCUGUAAUUUGAUCUCUCUCUCUCUCGAUUCAGUCUUGGUGAGUGAUUUCGACUUCGACGACGACGACGAUUCACAUUUUUCCCUGAGCUUCUUCUUCUCCGAGUAUCGAGAGGUUAAAAAAUGGAAAAACAAAUGGAUGAAUCUGUGGAGAAUCAAAGUCAAACAGAUGUGGCAGAAGAACAAGAGAGCGAAAUAGUUACUGAAGGAAGUGCUGUUGUGCACGGGGAGCUUUCUCAAGAUGGUAGUGCUCCCCCUAAAGUUGAUUGUGAAGCUGAGGUCUUGGUUGAGAAAGUCAGUAAGCAGAUCAUUAAGGAAGGUCACGGUUCCAAACCAUCCAAGUACGCGACAUGCUUCUUGCACUAUAGGGUAUGGACCAAAAACAGUCAGCAUAAAUUUGAGGACACAUGGAAAGAGCAGCAACCUAUUGAAUUGGUUAUAGGGAAAGAGAAAAAAGAGUUGGCCGGUUUAGCCAUCGGAGUUUCUAGCAUGAAGUCUGGUGAACGUGCGCUCGUUCAUGUUGGCUGGGAACUGGCAUAUGGUAAAGAAGGAAACUUUUCUUUUCCGAAUGUUCCACCUAUGGCAGAUUUGUUGUAUGAGGUUGAAGUUAUUGGAUUUGAUGAAACAAAGGAGGGAAAGGCUCGCAGUGAUAUGACUGUGGAGGAAAGGAUUGGUGCAGCAGACAGAAGGAAAAUGGAUGGGAAUUCUCUGUUUAAGGAGGAGAAACUGGAGGAGGCCAUGCAACAGUAUGAAAUGGCCAUCGCAUACAUGGGGGAUGAUUUUAUGUUUCAGCUGUACGGGAAAUACCAAGAUAUGGCUUUGGCAGUAAAGAACCCAUGCCACCUAAACAUGGCAGCUUGCCUCAUCAAGCUAAAACGAUACGAUGAAGCAAUUGGUCACUGCAACAUUGUGCUGACAGAAGAGGAGAAAAAUCCAAAAGCGCUGUUCAGAAGAGGAAAGGCGAAGGCAGAGCUAGGUCAGACGGAAUCAGCCCGUGAUGAUUUUCGAAAGGCACAAAAGUAUGCUCCUGAGGACAAUGCGAUUAGAAGAGAGCUACGAGCACUUGCAGAGCAAGAGAAGGCUGUGUACCAAAAGCAGAAAGAAAUGUACAAAGGAAUGUUCAAAGGGAAGGAAGAAGGCAGUGCAAAGGCAAGGAGCCUGAAUUGGUUGAUACUGUUAUGGCAAUGGCUGGUUUCCCUUUUCAGCGGGAUCUUUCGACGCGACAGAGUUAAAUCAGAGUGAGGUAUGGACAGAGUUAAAGCAGAUUGAGGUAUGAACGAAGCUUAACAAUUCAACUAUAAAAGUUUAAAGUGAAAGAUCAUUAACUCUAGUGAGCUUGUCUCUGUUCUCUGGAACCCUACUCUAAGUUAUCACUUAUCACAUCUAAUUUAGACGUUACGUUCAUAAAAUUCAGUGGUUUUUUUUUA